AUGGAAUCUAAGAAGGAUAAAGAGGAGAUAGUUAUUCUUGAAAAUAAACUGGAAGACAUGCAAAAAUCUCAAAGAAAAACCAGCAUAGAAAUAAAAAAUGUACCAUUGAAAGGUGAAGAGACAAAGAAAGACUUGCUUGAAAUGAUAGUGAAGCUAUCCGAAAACAUUAAUCUGAAGCUUGUCAAACCAGAAGUUAAGGACAUUAUAAAAAUUAAAAAGAAAGAGAACACCAAAACUGACGUGUUGGACUGUGAGACCGACGAACAGCGAGCUAUUAGGAUCCGAACAGACCGGGCUGAGGAACAGUUAAGAGCGACACCGUGUGAACACUUGCCAUUUACCCGACACGAGCUGACAGAGGUACUUCAAGGCAUUAGUCCUAAAAAAGCACCUGGAGAGGACGGCCUCACAGCGGACAUCUGUAGAGCGGCUAUCGGAGCUAAUGUCAACAUCUUCUUGGCUCUGAUAAAUACCUGCCUCAGACUAGGAUACUUUCCCAAGUACUGGAAGGCUGCGGUAGUAAAAAUCCUGCGGAAACCAUGUAAGGAAGACUACUCGCAGCCUAAAUCACACAGGCCAAUAGGAUUAUUGGCCGUAUUGGGAAAGAUCUUAGAAAAAAUGUUCGCCAAGAGGCUUCUCUGGCAGCUCGGUUCGGAAGACGGCAGUAAGAUCGAGGGUAAAGUGGGAGGUGCGGUGACUCUGUGGAGAAAUGGCAACGAGUGUAAAACAAACGCCUUCAGACUGGAAAAUUACAACUCGGUGUUCCAGGCCGAACUGGUGGCAAUUUCAAGGGCACUGAAUCUUAUCGCCAGGGAGCCCCAUGCGAAAAGAGGCAAUAUACUUAGCGACUCCAGAUCUGCACUGGAGUUGCUGAGGGACCCAUCAUCAACCCAUCCCCUGGCCUACGAAAUUAGAAAAAAGAUAGAAGACCUAAAAGGGGGUGGGGGUGAUGUUGCAUUUUAUUGGGUCAAAGCUCACAUUGGGAUCCCUGGCAAUGAAAGGGCUGAUGAGUUGGCCAAGAGAGCAGCAUUAACUCGAAAAGACUCGGCGGCGUACAGUUCGUUUCCCCUCUCUCAUGCAAUUAGAUGGGAGACGACGAAGCAAUGGCAGGAGAGGUACGCAACCUCCUCCACUGGCCGAGUCACCUUCUUGUUCUUCCCAAAUGUCACGUCAGCCUACAAAAUCCUUGGUUCCUUCACAAUGUGCAACACCAAGGCGCAGCUCUGGACUGGACACGGUGGCUUUCGAGCGUACCUCCACAGGUUCAAACUCUCCGAGAGCCCAUCCUGCUCUUGUGACGAUGAGACUCCGGAGACCAUAGAACACCUGUUGGAGGAAUGCCCUAGGUUUGGAGCUGCUAGGUUUGACUGCGAACAAAAGGUCAAAGGAAGAAUAAGAAGUGAGGAAUUCCCUGCUCUCAUGGCCAAUGAAUCCACACGAUCAGUGUUUAUGGGUUUUGCCUUAAAUGUCGUAAAGCUAGCAAACGGUGCAAAUAGGACCAGGUGA